AUGGCUGGAGGAAACAUCAAGGUGGUGGUGAGGGUGCGGCCUUUUAACAGUAGAGAGAUCGACCGCGGCGCAAAAUGUAUCGUGGAGAUGAAAGAAGCCCAAACCAUCCUCACCCCUCCGCCAGAUGCUCCUCAAGGGAAGAAUUCAAAAGACAACGGCCAGAAAGUCUUCGCAUUCGAUCGAUCAUAUUGGUCUUUCAGUAAGAGCGACUCAAACUAUGCCGAACAGCAUCACUUACACGAGGACUUGGGAAAGCCGCUGUUGGACAAUGCGUUCCAAGGCUACAACAACUGUAUUUUUGCAUACGGUCAGACCGGUUCUGGAAAGUCAUACUCGAUGAUGGGAUAUGGCAAAGAGCAUGGUAUCAUUCCAAUGAUUUGUCAAGACAUGUUUGAAAGAAUAACGGGCAUAACGCAGGCGGACCCGAAUACUCGCUGUACUGUUGAGGUAUCGUACCUGGAAAUCUACAAUGAAAGAGUAAAGGACUUGUUGAAUCCAGGCACCAAGGGGAACCUGAAAGUACGAGAGCAUCCUUCCACUGGUCCAUACGUCGAAGAUCUCGCAAAGCUCGUUGUUGGCAGCUUCCAGGAAAUCGAAAAUCUCAUGGACGAAGGGAACAAGGCCAGAACUGUCGCCGCCACGAACAUGAACGCAACAUCCAGUCGAAGUCAUGCUGUCUUUACACUGAUGCUCACUCAGAAGACAGUCGACACUGAUACCAAGAUGGAAAUGGAGAAGGUCGCCAAGAUCAGUCUGGUCGAUCUCGCGGGUUCCGAGCGAGCGACGUCUACAGGAGCCACAGGAGCGCGUCUCAAAGAAGGUGCCGAAAUCAACAGAUCGCUGUCCACGCUCGGCCGUGUGAUCGCUGCCCUCGCGGACCUUUCCACCGGCAAGAAGAAGAAGGGCGCCGCCUCACAGGUGCCUUACCGAGAUUCGGUACUGACAUGGUUGUUGAAGGAUUCUUUGGGUGGUAACAGUAUGACUGCAAUGAUAGCAGCGAUCAGUCCUGCUGAUAUCAACUACGACGAAACACUGAGUACUCUACGAUAUGCCGAUUCCGCCAAACGAAUCAAGAACCACGCUGUUGUCAACGAGGAUGCCAAUGCUCGCAUGAUCAGAGAACUGAAGGAAGAGCUAGCUCAACUCAGAAGCAAGCUUGGGGGAGGUGCUGCUGGUGCUGUGGGGGGUGUCGGUGUCCCGGCCGAUGAAGUUUACGCCGAAGGCACACCCCUCGAGAAGCAACUGGUCACAAUCACUGCGGCCGACGGCAGCACCAAGAAGGUCUCGAAGGCCGAGAUCGCGGAGCAGCUGAGCCAAAGCGAAAAGCUGUUGUCAGACCUUAACCAGACCUGGGAGCAGAAGAUGGCCAAGACCGAGGAGAUCCACCAAGAGCGUGAAGCUGCUCUAGAAGAGCUUGGUAUCAGCAUCGAAAAAGGAUUCAUUGGGCUCAGCACCCCCAAGAGGAUGCCGCAUUUGGUCAACUUGUCAGAUGAUCCUCUCCUGGCAGAAUGUCUUGUCUACAACCUGAAACCUGGAAUCACAACAGUUGGCAAUGUGGAGUCGGAGACCAAUCAAAACUUAGGUAUAAGAUUGAAAGGAACCAGAAUCCAAGCUGAGCAUUGCUCGUUUGAAAAUGCCGCGGAUGGUACCGUCACUCUUACUCCAAUGGAAGGCGCGGCUGUCAUGAUCAAUGGCAAGCGCAUUAGCGAGCCUCAACAGCUGCACUCGGGAUACCGCGUCAUUCUUGGUGAUUUCCACAUCUUCAGAUUCAAUCACCCCAUGGAAGCCCAGGCGGAGCGAGCAGAAAGGACGGAAACACAACGACAUAGUCUCUUGCGCCAGUCGAUCACAGCCAGCCAACUGCAAUCACUCGAACGAACAUCGCCUACACCUAGCCCAAGGCUUCCGCAUGAAAGGAGCUGGAGUAAAGCAGGGUCUGAGUUUGGCAGUGAGAGCCGUUCAGACUCACCGGCGCCCCGCGGACGGGAUACGGAUUGGUCUUUCGCGAGACGAGAGGCUGCAGGUGCCAUCCUCGGCUCGGACCAGAACCUCUCCAACCUCACAGACGAAGAGCUCAAUGCCCUUUUUGAGGAUGUACAGCGAGCCAGAGCUGAACGUGUUAACGGGAAGGAAGGGGAGGACGAUAUGGAAUCCCUGGCGUCAUAUCCGGUCAGGGAGAAGUACAUGUCGACUGGCACUAUCGACAACUUCUCACUUGACACAGCCUUGACAAUACCAUCGACUCCAAAGCAAGGCGAUUCUGAUGACAAGAUGCGUGACGCUCGCGAUGAGAUGCAGGCUCAACUGGACAAGCAAAAAGAAGAGUUCCAUGACCAGCUGAGGACCGCUCAAAUAGCGAAUGUCGAGGUUGAAGAGAUCAAGAAAGAGAAGGCGCAUAUGGAGGAAACAUUAAAAAGGAUGAAAGAAGACAUGCAGAAACAGCUCGAGGUCCAGAAGCGCGAAUUUGAGGCCAAAAUCGAAAAGCUCGACCCUCUGAAAAGGCCGAAAGCUAACCCCAAGUUGUCGGACGAUGAGAUAGAGCUGGCAAAGAGAGUUGUGAAACACUGGAGAGGUCGCCGGUACGUCCAGAUGGCCGAGUCGGUUUUGCAACAUGCCGCAACUUUGAAAGAGGCACAGAUCAUGAGCCAAGAGCUGGACGAGAGUGUGGUGUUCCAAUUCUGCGUCGUCGACUCUGGGCACGAUCUCUGCUCUUCUUACGACAUGAUCCUCAACGGCGGGGAGUCUGACGACUUCGCACUCGAGCAAGCAAUCAAACCUUGUAUCGGCGUCCGCGUUGUGGAUUACAAGCACAGCCUGGUUCGGCUCUGGAGCUUGCACAAGUUGCACGAUCGGGUCCGGCAAAUGCGACAGAUGCAUCAGUACCUGGACCAACCGGAGUACGCUCAGCACCUGAGUCUCGACAAUCCUUUCAUCGAAACUUGUAUGCCUCAAUACACCCUCAUUGGGGAGGCAGACGUUCCGCUGAAGGCAGUAUUCGAGAGCCGAGUCCAAGACUUUCAUCUCGAUGUGCUCUCGCCGCACACGUCUCAUGCCAUCGGUAUUAUCAAGCUGUCACUUGAACCAUCAUCGGCCCGAGCACCUACAAAUUCUCUCAAGUUCAAUGUUGUAAUGCAUGAAAUGGUGGGCUUUGCUGAACGCGAAGGCACGGAAGUGCAUGCUCAACUUUUCAUUCCUGGCAUUUCGGAAGAAGAUGGCAUCACAACCACGCAGAUGGUCAAGGAUUUUGACGAAGAUGCGAUUCGAUUUGAAAGUGUUCAUAGUAUGAACGUACCUCUUUUUGCUCCUCCAGAGGUGGUUUUACGGGUUGCUAUCUUUGCAAAGGUGUCCUCCAUGCACCUCGACAAGCUCCUUAGCUGGGAUGAUAUGCGAGAUGCUGUGCCCAGCUCGAGAGGGAAGUCCAAGUCGGCCCGGAUAAACGAGUCUCACUUUUACACCGAGGAAAAACAUGACUUGCUCUCUCGCAUCCAGGUACUGGAGAUGGACGAGAACGGCGAAUACGUCCCGGUCGAGGUUGCGCAGACCGGCGAGCUGGAUAGUGGAACCUUCCAACUGCACCAGGGAUUGCAGAGACGCAUAACUAUCAAUCUGAGCCACAGCUCUGGUGAUAUUUUGCCUUGGGAUAAUGUGGUUUCCGUGCGUGUCGGCAAGAUCCAGCUGGUGGACGCCGCUGGAAAAAAUCCAGAUAUGGGUGCCGUCUCGCCAGACAUUGCUCUCAAAUUAGUGUCAGAACCCGUCUUCCGACACAACGCCAAUGGUACGCGCAGCAUCACCCUCACUGGCCAGUGGGAUUCCAGCCUGCACAAUUCCCUUCUGCUGGAUCGCACGACAGGCGAGAAGUAUCGAGUCCAGAUGACGAUCACCUGGGAAAUCAGCUCCCAAAAGCUUGCUGAGCCAAUGCGUUUCUCAAAGAACGUCUGCUGCCAGAUCCUGUCCCGUUCCUUCGUGCGGCAAACAUCUAUGCUGUCUGCGCUCUGGCAGAGUGUCCGCUUUGUACACUCCAGCACCGCCAUCUUCACGCUAAAAAUGCGGCCAGCGCCCAUAAAACGCGUGGGGGAUUUGUGGAGGAUGAAUAGUCAGCAUGACUACGUUAAGGGCGAGGAAAAUUUGACAACCUGGACUCCGCGAGGUGUUUCUCUGAUCAGUGACUAUAUCAGCGCACGGAAGAAGCGCAGACGCAUAGCUGAGAUUGGUGCCAUGCAGAACUUCCUGAAAAAGGUUGGACUGCCGCAGCCGAGAAUAGCGCUGAAUGGUGAAAGUCAAGGGCUGGAAUCCGAUUUUUCGCCGCUAAAUUUGGGGGAAGACGAUGACGUUGACUCCAUCGAUGAGUUGCUGCAAGAAACUCCAGACGUGUCGCAAGUUUUGGAUCCUGUCGAACCCCCAGAGCCAACUGACGGCCUGUACGGCGAGCCAUCAGCCGAAACAUCGGAUGAACCAUCAGGUGAACAGAAGGGCGCACAGGAAGACAAGCAGGAUGAAGAACAGCAAACCGAAGAAGAGCGUCCAAUGCAGGAUGACGAGACAACGGUGGAACCUUCAAAACCGGAGCCUUCAAAGUCGGAAUACUCUGAGCACGAGACGUUCGUUUUGGAGCGAUGUCUGAAGCUGUGGAGAAGGUAUCCCGACCCCCUCAACCAGAUUUUGAGCGAAGAAAACAUCAAGCCACCUGUGAAUGGUAAUCCCGAGGCAGCUGCACCACCUGAGCUCGUGGCAACCAUCAUAAGGGUUGCCAAGAACCCUACUGUGCUCAAGGGCGGUUAUCUCCUGGUGCCAAGCAGCGAUGCCACCAGAUGGAUCAAGCGGUUCGUGGAGCUACGCCGACCAUAUCUUCACAUCCACAACGUUACGGAUGGAGAAGAGGUUGCGGUCGUCAGCUUGCGUAACUCUCGAGUUGACAGCCAGCCGACUAUUCUGGAUUUGCUGAAUGGGGCUGAUGACGAAGACGGCGGAAUGGACAUGAAUGCUGCCCUGACCGCGUCACCUGAGCAGAUUCGUUCUCAACAGAAUAGCGGCAGGUCAACACACCACCGCAGAGGCUCCUCGGGACGGGUCAUCACGAGCAUCGUUGGUAACAUCAACGGCGACGGGACUGCUUCGUCACACGCCAGAAACAAGAGCGUCAGCUCCGGUCUCGCCAAGCUGUCUCCCAGGCUGCAAGCCGGCGUAUUUGCCAUCUACGGGACGGACAAUACGUGGCUGUUCGCGGCGCGGAGCGAGCGCGACAAGCUUGACUGGAUUUUCAAGAUUGAUCAGAGUUAUUUCUCAUCGAGUAGUGGGAGUCCUGAGGGAAACGGCGCCGAGAGUCCGAGCAUGAGUUACUGA